AUGCCUCAGGGCUCUCCAUUCGUUAUAUUUCUCAUUACACAGCAAGUGCUGGACAUCUUCGUCCCCGUUGUUAUUAGUUAUCUCACCUCCUCGAUAAUCGGUAUAAGUGUCACUAUACCUCUCAUCCACAUCGACCUGACUCCUGGGCCCCAUGUCCUUGAAGCAAUCGCAUUGUGCCCUCAACCCAUCGCUUUUCGUUCGUCUGGCGUAGAAGUCUCUGUAACCUAA